AUGGCUCCAACUCUCGAGCUCACCUACUUCGACACCAAGGGCCGCGCGGAGCCCAUCCGCCUGGCCCUCUACAUCGGCGGCAUCCAGUUCGAGGACAAGAGAGUGACAGGGGAGCAGUUCGCCUCGCUGAAGCCCUCCCUGCCCUACGGCCAGCUGCCCGUGCUGGAGGUGGACGGCGAGGUCAUCUCCCAGGGCCUGGCCCAGCUGCGCUACGCGGGCAAGCUGUCGGGGCUCUACCCCGAGGACCCCGUCGCCGCGCUGCGCGUUGACGAGGCCCUGGGCGCUGGCGAGGACAUGAGCGCCACGCUGUGGCCUUCCUUCGUCGAGAGUGACCAGGCCAAGAAGCUGGAGAUGCGCAAGGCGCUGGCGGAGGAGGCCUUGCCCAAGUGGUUUGGCGUGAUGGAGAAGCGGUACAGCGGCCGGCAUGGGGACUACUCCUGCGGGAAGGAGCUGACGGUGGCGGACUUGGCUUUGUAUUCGUUCGGCGCGUGGAUCAGGUCGGGAGCGCUGGACGGCAUCCCCGCCAACAGCCUGGACCCCUACCCCACGCUGUGCGGCAUCAUCGAGAAGGUCGGCGCGCACCCCAAGGUCAAGGAGUGGAACGACAAGCACUGA